AUGAAGGCCCUUAUUCUCGUCGGCGGUUUCGGUACCCGUCUUCGCCCCCUCACCCUGACUAUGCCCAAGCCCUUGGUUGAGUUUGCAAACAAGCCCAUGAUUCUCCAUCAAAUCGAGGCCUUGGCCGAGGCUGGUGUCACUGAUAUUGUCUUGGCUGUUAAUUACAGACCCGAGGUCAUGGUCUCCAUCCUUCAGAAGUACGAAGAUCUCUAUAAUGUCAAGAUCACCUUUUCUGUUGAAACCGAGCCUCUUGGCACAGCUGGUCCCCUGGCCCUCGCUCGCGAUAUUCUCGGCAAGGACGAUUCGCCCUUCUUUGUCCUCAACAGUGAUGUUAUUUGCGACUUCCCCUUCCAGGAACUCAAGGCCUUCCAUGAUGCUCAUGGAAACGAGGGCACCAUCGUGGUCACCAAGGUUGAGGAACCAUCCAAGUAUGGUGUCAUUGUUAACAAACCCGAGAGCUCAAUGAUCGAUCGCUUUGUUGAGAAGCCCGUCGAAUUCGUUGGCAACAAGAUCAACGCUGGAAUCUACAUCUUCAACCCCAGCAUCUUGGAUCGUAUCGAGCUCAAGCCCACAUCCAUCGAGCAGGAGACCUUCCCCUUGAUGGCCGCAGACUCGCAGCUUCACUCAUUCACUCUGGAGGGAUUCUGGAUGGACGUCGGUCAGCCCAAGGACUUCUUGACCGGAACCUGCCUUUACCUCGCUAACAUCAACAAGACCAACCCCGGCAAACUGGCUAAUCCCAACAGUGGCUAUGUCCACGGAGGUAACGUCUUGGUCGAUCCUACUGCCAAGAUCGGAAAGGACUGCCGCAUUGGACCCAACGUCGUGAUCGGA